CCAACAAGCUCCAGCUCCCAAGCAUCGCGCAUCCAUUGCUCGCCCAGCAUGUCGCCAUGUCCCUCUCGGAGCCUCGCCGUCCGCGCCUCCUCCCGCAGAACCGGAAGCUGCGCCACCUGAACGGCCUGUCGCUGCGCAAUCUGUCCUUUGCGCCGCCCGCCCGCCGCGCCGCCGCCGACGAUGCGGCCGCUUCCGCCGUAGACCAGUCCCGUCGCCUCGAGGUCCUGCGCGAGGCCGGCCAGCUGCAUCUCUCGCGCUCCUCCGAGAGCCUGCACAGCGGUGCCACCUCCAGCGGACCUCCCCGUGCCGACAAGCGCCGCCCCGAGGUGCGCCAGCGCCGCACCAGCCUGACCUUUGCCCACGCCAACCCGGCGUCGCGGCAGCGGAAGCUCGAGGAGCUGGUCGAGAACUCCGUCGGCGAUGCCUUCUUCUCCCUGCACGUGGCCGGAUCGGACGAUCCCGUCUACGUGAGCGAGGUGCGCGAGCGGUCAGCGAACUUUGACUUUCGCUUCUUUGACCUCGCCGACGAUGGCUUUUCGAGGGAUUGUAUUCUGACGGCGCGCGUCUGGUCGCGGCGCUCCGGCCAGCCGUGGACGCUGCUUCUGGAGGAGAUUGUCGACCUACGCAGGCUCAAUUUUAUCGGCACGCUCAUGGACCGGCGGUUCCCGCCCAACGCGCUCGUCUUUCACCUCGAGGACGGUGUCUACUCGCUCGAUUUUGCGACCCGCGCUGCCGAACCCCGCCAGGCCCCUCCGCCUGUGGCCACGUCAUCGUACAACGCGCUCAUGAAGCUGGCCAACCUCGAGAGCUCGAUCCGGGACGCCAUGGACACGCAACGCCGCAUCAUGGAGCAAAUCGACGGCAUCCUCGAGAGGAACCCGCCUGACGCGCGGGACACCGCCGGGGAGGAGGCCACGCUGGCGGCGCGGUACGUGGCGGCGCAGCGGCGCGCCAAUCGCCAGGCCCAGAAGCGGCGCGACGAGCUGCGCGAGUCGCUGGCCAGCCGGCGAGCGGCCAUGGCGCGCGGCCGCGAGGCCCAGGCCCGCGCCGAGCAGGACGUCGCGCACAACCGAGAGCAGCUCGAAGCCUCGCGCUCGCUUGCGGCCGCGACGGAGCUCCAGAUCCGCGGCCAGCGUCGCCGCAUCUGCUCGGAGCUGUCCGACAUGCUGCCCAUCAGCCCCGUGCCGGGCGCGCCGCCGCUGUCGUUUCAGAUCUGCGGGCUGCCGCUGCCCAACUCGACCUACGACGCGGCGACGGCCCGCACCGUCAACGAGGACGUCGUGUCCGCCGCCCUGGGGCUCGUGGCGCUCGUCGUGCGCAACCUGCAGUUCUACCUCUCCCUGCCGCUGCCCUACCCGCUCUACCCCUACGGCUCCCGCUCCGUCGCCCGCGACGACAUCUCCCUGCUGCCCGACCAGCCCGCGCCGCCGCCCCCGUCGCGCCGCGAGUUCCCGCUGCACCUGCCGCGCGGCGGCUCGUCCCUCGGCCACUGGCGCUUCGAGUACGCCUGGUUCCUCCUCAACAAGGACGUCGAGGCCCUGUGCGCGUCCCAGGGCCUGCGCGUCGUGGACAUCCGACACUCCCUCCCCAACCUCAAGUACCUGCUCUACGUCUGCAGCGCCGGCACCGACGACGUGCCCCAGCGCAAGAGGGGCGGUGUGCGCGGCCUCUGGGCGGGCAGGCGCCUGCCGGGAGGGGUGCCCGCGCCCUCGCCCGCCGCCGACCACCACCGCCCCCUGAGCAACGCACUCGCCGCGCACGACGCAGACCAGACGCGGCGCCUCAGCGAGAAUUCAGACGGGCUCGGCGAGCGCGGCACCGACAACCUCAACGGAAAUGGCAACGGCGUACUGGACGCGGGACCGCUGGGCGAGCGCUUCACCCUGCGGACCAAGGGCCUGCGAGAAAACGUCGUGUGAGGAAUGGAUGCCGAUGGACAAGGGCCGCGAACAUCCGUCAUGUGCAUGAUACCCAGCAGCAGCAGCAGCAGCAGCA